AGUACCGUACGAAACUACGCGACGUCGAAACCGCUUUUACGUCCGCGCUAAUAAAACUCGUUGAAAAUGCAUACAUCAAAAUGGUAGAAUCGCUACAAAUGUUUUUAUUUCUAUUUAAAUCUAAAUACAGACGAAAAUGUUCAUGGUUCUCGCCAUUCCUGUGUUCAGUGCUCAUAGUGUUAUUGUUCUGUGAUGGUGUUCUGUCUAAGUGUGGAGAUCAUACUUGUGUAAACGGUGUGUGUAAAAAUGAUAUGUGCGUGUGUUACGAGGGGUGGCAGGGUCCGGAGUGUCAGUACUGCGGCGGCAAAGUCAAUUUAACAUCACCAACGGGCUUCAUAACAGAUGGCCCAGGCAACUAUAGUGUUAGCACACAAUGUUCCUGGCUGCUCACUCCCCCCAGACUUGGGCCAACGCCUCCACCGCUACGGGUGCGACUCGAGAGCUUUGCAACCGAGUGCGGGUGGGACCACCUUUAUGUAUAUGACGGUGAUAGCGUUAGAGCUGAGAAAUUACUUGCUGUGUUCAGUGGUGUCUUAGAAAAUGGAGAGUCAAGUUGGACGAGGCAGGUGAUAGCUCGUUCAGGCAGCGCGCUGCUGCACUUCUUCAGCGAUGAUGCAUAUGCCAUGGAGGGGUUCAACGUGACGUAUGCUGCGUACUCCUGCCCUUCCAAUGAUCAUAGGACUAAUUGUUCCAAUCACGGUGAAUGUGAAGAUGGAUCGUGUAGAUGUGAACCGGAGUGGACUGGAGUUGCCUGUGAUGAGCCUCUGUGUCCAGAGGAAUGCAACGCAGCGUACGGCGGCGGCACGUGUACGCGCGCGGGGUGCGCGUGCAGCGCGUUGCGGCGCGGCAUAGCGUGCGCGCGCGACGCCUGGCGCGCCGGCUGGGCCCCGCCCACCCACAGCGGGGACACGCCCCCCGUCGCCGCGCAUGUCUUGUUGCCGUAUGGAGAUGACUUGCUAAGGGUUGGCGGGGAAACGUUUGCGCAUUCGCAUUUUCUUUAUAGAUAUAAGACAGCAGAACAAGAAUGGGAGGUGCUCCCAACGUACGACAGUCCGGCGGCGAGGUUUGCGCACUCCGCCGUCUUAUACGGACAUGAGCUAAUCGUUUAUGGAGGGGUUGUUAUUUCUGAUGAGCCAGAAAGGGGUGGUGGCCUAGCAGGCUUAGAAGGUCGUGCAGGAGAGGUAACAAAUGAGAUCUGGCGCGUCCGACUCAAUAGUGAGAGACCACAAUGGCACAACGCCACACCAGUUACUUGUUCACCGCAUAGACAGCCGCCUUUGAAGCAUUGUGGUGGUCUCCACGUAUCUGGACACACAGCUGUACUGGUCUACCUAGGAGUUACGAAGAAACCCGUGAUGUUAGUCUUCUUCGGACAUUCACCGCAUUACGGAUACCUACAUUUAGUGCAGGAGUAUUACGUGGACGAGGGAGUAUGGGCAGUGGCAGCGACGCGUGGCUGGGCGGCCCGCGCGGGCUUCGGCCACGCCGCGGCCUGGGACCCGCUGUCGCGCCGCGUCUAUCUGCACGGCGGACUCGUGUCGGAGUCCGAGGCCACGCAGGCUCCAUCGGCAUCACUCUUCGAGUACGAUCCGGAACUAAGACUGUGGCGCCCUCUACAGUCGGCGCCGACACCUAGAUAUUUACACACAGCUACGUUUAUUACACCAGGUGUAAUGUUAGUAUUCGGCGGUAAUGCCCACAACGACAGCGCGGCGGCGCUAGUGGCGAGUCCGGCCGCCUCCAAGUGUUACUCCGCCGGGGCGCUGCUCUAUGAUGUCAGAUGUGGAGUAUGGUGGAACACUGCGGGUCCCCGCGCGGGCGCCCGCGCGGCCCAUGCUGCGGCCCCCAUACAUACUAAAGAUAGACGCGCUGUACUCAUACAUGCGGGAUUCGACGGGCGGCUCCGGUCGGACGCGCUGAUAUUCGAGGCGGGCGAGGGCUGCGGGCGCCACGCCAGCGAGGCCGCCUGCCUCACGGCCGCGCAACAUACUGCCGUCGCCUGCGUCUGGAGGGCGCGCGACAGAGCUUGUUUGCCCCUGGAAGAAGUGGGCUGGAAGGAGUCAUUUGACGGUACAGUGAAGGCGUGCCUCACGGAGCCUAGGUUUGGUAAGGACGAGCGGCGCUGCAGUAUGGCGGAGUCGUGCGCGGCCUGCACGGCGGCGCGCUGCGCCUGGUGCGGGGCCUGCCACGUGUCCGCCAUGUACUGCGUCCGACACACGCACCAGAUGGCGCUGUCCAUCGAGGAGUGCGGGUCGGACAGCGAGUCCCCCCGCGAGGCGUGCGGCCGGUACCACUCGUGCGCGGCCUGUCUGGCGCACCAACACCACCACGCACACGGAUCUGAAGAACUAAGCCAACGAGCUUGUUUCUGGGACUACGAUACGAUAAAGUGUAAACCUGUCAAUUCAUCUGAAGAUAUAAGGAGCGUGGCUGCGGCGGGUCCAUGUAGUGCGCCGUGCUCUACGUUCCAGACUUGCGCUAACUGUACGGCAGAGGAAUGUAUCUGGUGCGCAUCCGCGGGACGAUGUGUCGAUAAGCCGGCGUGCGGCUGGUGCGACGACGGCGCCGGCACGGGCCGCGGGCUCUGUCUGCCCGGCGGCGCGCGCAGCCCGCACGCGCCGCGCGUCUGCGCGCAGCACAGAUGGCACUUCACGGCGUGUCCGGUGUGCCAGUGCAACGGCCACAGCGUGUGCGCGGCGUCGGGGCGCUGCGUGCAGCCCUGCGCCGGCCGCACCGUCGGCGACCACUGCGACCAGUGCGCGCCGGGGCACUGGGGGCAGCCCUACAACGGGGGCGUCUGCCAACCGUGCGAAUGCAACGCGCAAGCUGUAGCGUGCGCGCCGGACACUGGGCGCUGCUACUGCAGCACGAAGGGGCUGGCCGGGGACCGCUGCGACAAGUGCGACAAUACCAACCACUACCACGCAGACCUACACAACAAGGGCGCCUGCUACUAUGACCUGGCAGUGGACUACCAGUUUACCUUCAACCUAUCCAAGAAAGAGGACAGGCACCUCUCAGCAAUAAAUUUCCGGAAUGCUCCCGUCAAACCAGACGUUGACGCGGACUUUAGUAUAACAUGCUCUGCGCAUGCACGGAUGAAUCUUUCUGUCCGGACGAGGAGUGAUCCCACUGAAAGACUGCUGUUCUCCGAUGUUAAUUGUACUAGUUUUAGAUUUAAAUUCGCGAAGUCAGAGCACGCAUUCGGCGUAGAGGACAACGUGACGCUUACGACGUUCUUCGUGUACGUGUACGACUUCAGGCCGCCAUUGUGGAUACAGAUAUCGUUCUCACAGUACCCCAAGUUAAAUUUACAACAGUUCUUCAUUACAUUCUCAUCGUGUUUCCUGCUACUAUUGUUGGUAGCUGCAGCAUUGUGGAAGAUUAAACAGAAAUAUGAUAUGUAUAGAAGACGGCAGCGUCUGUUCGUGGAGAUGGAGCAGAUGGCAUCGCGGCCCUUCAGCCAGGUGUCCGUUGAGCUGGAGAAGGGAGGUGCCGGCGCGGGCGUGCCGGCGCCGGUGGCGCUGGAGCCGUGCCGCGGGGGCCGCGCGGCCGUGCUGUCGCUGCUGGUGCGGCUGCCGACGGGCGGCACGGGGCGCGCGCCGCCGCUGGGCGGGCUGGCCGUCGCCUCCGCGCUCGUCACGCUCGGACACCACGCCGCGCCGCUGCCGCACCACAAGCGGCCCCGCCACCACUGACACGAUACAAACACCGAUUGUAUAUAGACAAUGUAUGUAUGUAUUGUACAUAGGACACACGUAGUGCAUUGCUCAAAAUAUGAAGUUUUGUAAGUAAAUACUCAGUUAGGUAUCGUAUUUGUAUGAUAUUAUGAGCCCAUUGGUCGAUACCAGCGUGAUAAAUGUGAAUAUUUUUUAGCGAUACAAUUUAUAUUUUGUUUUGUAGGUGUUUAAUUGUAACUGGAUUUGAAAAUGUAAUAGUUUUCUUUUAUAAAUGCUUAUGUCUUGCCUUUUACAAUCAUAGGUAAGAGUAGAAAUAUAGAAUAUAAUCAAGCGUUAAUUCUGGGAAAUCCUGGCUACACUAACAACUAGGAAAAUAUGUAAAAAAUGUAAAACAAUUUCAAUAUAGCUCUUUGAAUUACACAUGACUGCACGGUUGGUGCG